AUGGAACAUAUUCCCGAAGAACCGAUCCAGUCUAGCCCCCGACUGAGCUCGAAAUACUCGAAAAUACCAUUGGAUCAUCGUAGUAGAGGGGGGGACGACAUGAGAGUCCAUCCUCGUCUUAACGGGUAUGCACAUCACCAAGACAUCGUUAGCCAAGACAGUAACUCUAAAGACGAAGACAAACAGGGAGAUGAAGCAGCCAAUAAUUACACGAGUAGUUCUAAUGACGAUGACAAUCGUGGUGGUGGUGACGAUGAUAUUGAUUAUGAUUAUGAUGUCAUUAGAAAUAGCGAAGAAAGCAGUGAGAACAAAGAUGAUGACGGAGUUAAUGACGAUGACAAUGAUGAGAACUGUGGUGAAAACUGUGAAAUUGAAUAUCUUAAUAAUCAUAAGGGGAGCAAUGGUUACGAUGGUGGAAAAAACAUUGCCAGCAACAAUGGCGUUUCUGCUAAAAGUUGCACAAUUCAAUCCACUCUACGUCCAAAAGAAGACGAAACAUUUGUGGAGUCAGAUGAAACUGAUGAGUCUCUAACUGAAGAGUUAAACGUCAGGUUGCGAUUUGACUCACAGUGCAGCAUUGAUGAAGACACGGGCAACUCUAGUGCUGAGAGCAAUGAUGGAUUCCUAGCCAACAGCAAUAGUAUCAACAGCAAUAAUGAUAGUUCUUGUGGAAAUUCCAACACCAGAAAUGACAAGAAGAAAGCUAAAGAACUCCAAAAGACUAACAGCUUUGAAGUUGGAAACAAUGCCGAGCUUUCAGCGGAAAGAGAUGGUGAAGCUACAAGUGAAGGAGCAAGACCAAAGAUACUUCUGCAGAAUCCAAUGAUUUUUAGCACAUUUGAAACAAACAACCAUGAUGGGAAGAUACCAUCCUUGGAGACAACUGGUAUUAAUCAAAACUUUCUCGCCCGGCACUCAACAGAUCCGAGUCUUCCACAGAGCUCGUUUGUAGAAAGUUAUGACAUGCGAGCCAGCGAUAAGCACUCAGACGAUUGGACUCAGCACUCUAUAAGUAGUAAUAGCAGCUCCUCCUCACUUUGGAGCCUCCCCCGCUCACCGGCUCCAGAAAGAGGCGGGUUGACGCCAGAGAAUGUAUAUUUCAGGGCGGCGAGUCCACGGUACAGAGAUCCAAUGCCAGUGAACUACCAGCCUGUGACACAAAUGAGGGGGCAGCUCCCCAGUACUGGUGGCUUCAGCCGAGGCGUUUACUCGCUUCACUGGAAUGAAAACUUGCCAAGUAUCAAACAUCAAACGAGCUUUUCAAGUUUUGAAGACUUUUCUGCAGGAAAUGAGACUCAGACAGCAUCACCUUCACUUGGAGUCAGACCAUUGGCGCCCGCCGUGAGAUAUCCAGCCGUUACCGCACCAAAUUUUCCGACUACCACUUGGCAAUUCUCUUCAAGCACGACUUCAGGAAGUGCAGCCUCAGUUACUUCCACUUAUGAUGUGUUAAGCAGCUAUGAACAAGAACGCGUAGGGGACUUCAACAGGUACAGGUCCUCCUAUGAAGAUACCCAAGCAAAGAGAGAUACCCAGGCAAAUAGUGGUUUGACUUCAUCCGAAAUGGUUUAUGCAGAGAGACGAGAGGAAAGCUUGAGGAGCCAUGGCCUAUUCAAUAAUCAACAGGAGGGUUCAUUUGCUUCAUUAUCUCUUAGGGACCCUUCACUGGUUUCUCUAGAACAACAAGUGGCUGAAAUCGAUAGAAUUCUUAAAGAACGAGAAGAACGAACCAAAAAGCAGAGAGAGGUGGCACAAAGACAUAGGGAUACAAGAGAAAAGAGGCGAAGAGAGGCAAGAGAAAGAAAAGAGAGAGAAGAAAGGGAAAUGAGAGAACAAGAGGAGAGAAAAAGGAGGGAGAGGGAACAGAGAGAAAUGAGAGAAAGAGAAGAGAGAGAAAUGAGAGAAAGAGAGGAAAGAGAAAAUAGAGAGAGAAUGGAAAGAGAAUUGGAAGAACGAAGAGAAAGGGAUACAACAGUAAGAGAAAACAGGACCACAGAGGAGAGCCUUCCACUUCAGGAGACUCCACUAUGGCAGUGCGAGCAUUACCAGCGGAGAUGUAGUGUCAAGUUUCCAUGUUGCGGAGUGUUUUAUCCGUGCCACCGCUGUCACAAUUUAUCGGGGACAUGCCCUACUGAUGAUAAAAAGGCACAUCAUGCGACGCAUGUCAAGUGCGGAAAUUGCGGACGAGAAGAAGAGGUUAGUAUCUUUUACAUACUUAGAAUCUUGUCGUACUGAAGAAGCUUAAAGUAACAAAGUUAUAAAAACUAGAUUUUAUCUCAAAAGACGUGAAGUUAGGAUCCUAUGGAGGUGAAUUACAUGUAACUUCAGAUUUAUCAGAAAACCAAGAUCAAUAAAAAGCCUUUAGACGUAAAAACCAAAUUCCUUGAGAACAUGAAAUUCAAUCAGAUCAAAGGAAAAACUUACAACGACCCAUUGAGAAGAUGGUGAUAUCAUGUAAUUGGCAUCAAGCGCGGAAGAACAGUUAUGCCCAGGUCCCCACUGGUUAUAGUUUGGCAUCUGAUUGGGUGGGAAGUUGGUGCGAAUCUUUUAGGUUGAUCAAACAGUUCUAUAACGGGAACGCAAUGUCAUAUGCUGGUUUAUUUUCGUCACUCAGUUGAAACGAGAGCUUGGCUCCAGUGUGCAGCUGUUUAAGUCGUGCCUCUACACAAAUUGUCAGAGAUAUUACUAAUGAUGCAUUAACUACACGCAAUGUUUAAUUAAAAUAUUAGAAGGAUAAACAAAUUCUUUGAAACAUUCUGAAAUUUAAAAAAAAUCACACUUUUAAAAAUAACACCCUCUGACUGAUGAUAUUCUAAUUUAUUUCAGAUAAAUGAAGAAAGUCAAACCUGCAGACGCUGUGGCGUAAAAUUGUCAGAAUAUUUCUGCCCAAAAUGUAAGCAUUUUACAGGUGUUGACAAGAACCCUUUCCACUGCGAGAAGUGUGAAAUCUGCCGGUAAGUUGUUUUUCGAUUGAAAUAUACUACGACUCAUAGACACGUUUAUUACCUCGUAUGCUAAACAUUGAAAGCAUUAAGUUAUGUGCGGAGCCAAAAUCUUUGUUAAAAUGUAUUGUUUUCUUUAAAUCAAAGGGAUAUAGUUUCGAGGGAAUACAACAAAGGUUGUUUUAUUUACUGGUAACUCGUAGGCCCUCUAAAAAUUUCUUUAAGUGUUAUUUCAUAAUUCUACAGGCCAUAUUCCAUAUUUCUCCAGCUCUGCCUGGCCAACAAAAUCUGUUCCGAGUGCUACCGGGGGCGAAGUAAUGCGAAGUUUUGCAUUGCGCAACAAGAUUUUGAACAAUUUUCCAAAGGUCAUAAAGAGACGUACCAUAGGUUGAAAGAAGGAAACGAUGCGUUGUACACUGGCCUGUUUCACCUUUGCAAAGAGCAUUCCAAGAGCUUUUGCUUUGCUAAAACAAAAGUUUUAAGAGACAAAUCCGCAGGUUUGGAUUUAAUUUAACCAAUCUGUUUUUCAGUAUUUACAAGGACAGAUCAUUUCACUGCGACGUGUGCAAUGUUUGCCUGGACAAGCGACUGGAGGGAAAACACAAAUGUCGGCCGAACUCAGGACAUGACGAGUGUUGCAUCUGCUUGGAGGUAAUUAUAGAUCAUAUUUUAUACUUUUAAAUUGCUUCAAACACGUAGCCAGGAAUUUACGCUUUUUAGCAAUGAUCUUGAUUGAUGAAAAAAAGCCCCAGGACACGCAGCUGAUAAUGAUGAAAAUUUUCGGGUACGAGUGUUACUGAUACGUUAAAUUCUGCACGCUAUUUCAGGACGCUUUCAGCGGUUGUCAAAUCCUACCAUGCUCACACAAGGUUCACAAGGAGUGUGCCAUUGCAAUGAUACAGAAUGGCGUGUAAGUAUGCUUAUCAAUGCUUAAAUAGUUUAUAGCAACUGUCCAUAACGUUUUUAAAGGAUAUUAGUAAAUGAGAGUAUAACUUAAGAAAUAGUGGUGAUGAUCACGAUGAUAAUCACUAUGAUAAUCACACAUCAUCAAUAAAGUUUCCAAAUAUGAAACGGGACAACGGCGUUCGUCCUUUGGAAGAGCGAUGCUGUCAUCAUGAAACCGUUUCCGCAGUUUUCAAUUGAUAUACCAAGACUUCUCUUACUUGGUGCCAUGAGAACGCCAUUGCGCUCUAGGGAUGUAGACAUCAAACCCAUAUAUUCUGUGGGUGUAACAAGUAGCGUUGUGUUACGCAAUGAGGUACAGUAUCAAACGGCAGUUUUUUGUUGAGUAUUGAAACUAAUCCAGGAUUGCUUUGGUUUUGCAGAAAAAUCGCGCCAGUCUCUCAACAAAUCGAGUGCAAAACUGAAAGCAAUUGCGGCUUGGUGAUUCACGUUUUUACGCGCUUUCCUGAUUUUGAAUACUUAUUGGUUGUGAGCAAUUCUAAUCGAGUGUCAAAAGCAACCGGGACUGCAUUGGCUUUCCUUCACUUCGCUCACAUCUCGACCAAUCAGAUACAAAACGAAACCCAUCCGCGACUUUUUUCCCCGCCUUUAGAGAAGUUUGCUUCGAGGGCUCUGCAUCUCACUGUUUCUUUUCUUUUGCUUUCAGACGUAAUUGCCCAAUAUGCCGGCACCCUUUGUAUGGUCAGCUCCCGCAGUAA